UAUGUAUAUAUCUAUGCUUUCGGUAUGAUGCUCGGAUAGACUAAGAAAAAAAAAAGAGUGGAGGAAAAGAUAAGACAUGGAUACACAAAGGUUACCAAAGAAAGAAGAGCAAGAAGAAGAAGUGGCUGAUCAUAAACCUUUUUCAAUCUUUGAGUCCAUUAACGCUUUCUCUCGAGAGCAACACUAUCAUUCUGUCGAUGGCUUCGACCGCAUUUUCGACAUGAACAUUGACAGUUUAAGCUGCUCUCAUGAGCUCAACUGGGAUUUCUGGAAAGAAGAAGAUGUGAAGGAAGAAGAGAAGAGUUUGAGUACUGAUCACGAAGGCUCAAGUUCUGGGUUUUGGGAUAAUAUGUCGACGGAUUAUGAAGACAGAGAGUUGGGUCUGAAGCUGAAUCUGAACCAUCAAGAAGUUAUUGAUGCUUGGUCUGAUCGCCGACAGCAGCCUCUGUGGACAGAUACCUCAAUGCUACUGGCUCCGGCCAAUGCCCUUUAUAGGGGUGAAGUGCCGGUGAUGGAUGAAGAGAGAAACAUGAGAAGAGAAGCGAGUGUGUUAAGGUACAAAGAGAAGAGACAGAGUAGGCUCUUCUCUAAGAAGAUAAGGUAUCAAGUCCGAAAACUCAACGCUGAUAAACGACCUCGUUUCAAGGGUCGGUUCGUGAGAAGGGAGACUUAAAAGGGGAAAUAAAUAUCUGGAAGAAAAAUAUCUCCAAUCUUCGAUGCGUCUUUUUUCUUAGUAUUAUAUUAUUAUUAUGACGAUUAUUAUUUCACAUUUUAUUUGUGUUUUUGUGACAUAUCAUUAUCAACUUUUACAACUUUGUCAAAUUUGAAACGAAAAAUAUCUCCUUCGCGAAUAAAAGAGAUGCAAAAAUA